AUGGGUAAAUCAUUAACAUAUCGUGAUAUUGAAAAACAUUUUAAUUCAUCUUCAAAUCUAUUUUUUUUAUUUGGUAUAAAUAUUCAUCGACCAUUUCUAAAUGAAUAUGAUCAAACACAUGCUGAUGCUAGCAUAUUUAUUAUAGUUAUUUGUAGAAGUAAUUCAUCUGAUUGUAUCUCACAAGGUGGAUCAUUACCAGCUGAAUAUAAACUUGAAUUUAGUGUUGAUGGUGUACCAUAUAGUGAUAAACAUUCAAAAAUUCAUCGUCUAUGGCAUCGAACAAAAUUAAUUAAUUAUGAAUUUCUUUAUGAAAUAUAUAAUUCUCAUUCAUGCUAUGAUAAACCAGAGAAUGAAAAUGGUUCAAUUUGGAAGAAAUUUAUUAUGAAUAUGAAUUCAAAUCAAUAUGAAAAUAUUUAUUCAAAAUGGGUUGAAUUUGAUGUAAAAAUUAGUGAUGCUGGAGUUCAAUUCAUUGAAGGACAACAACUAUAUAAUAAUACUGUUGUUCAACAAUUCACACUAUACUUUUUUGUAACAACUUUUCAAUGUUUACAACCACCAUUAAUUUAUUUUGAUGGCUUUAUUUCUAGUAAAACUUAUCUAUCAGCUUUUCAUUUUCAAUUAAUGUCACAUAAAUGUGAUUUACAUAAAUACACAUGUUAUUUACAGAUGACAGAAAUACGAAUAGACAAAUCGAGUUUAACGAAUAUGACAUUUUAUGAAAGUGAUACAAUUAAUAUAAGUAUCAGUGAUCCAUCAGUUUUUUCUCAUCGAAUUUCAUAUGAACAAAGGAUAAAACCAACAAAUUUUAUUGAUCGUAUUUAUGAAAAAGCAACCAUUGAAAAUAAUAUUUCAUUAUCUGAUAAUGAAUUUUAUCGUAAUGCAACAUGUAUUAAUAAAAAUUUAAUAACAUCAAGACAAUUUCUUUUAUGUACACAGGAUUAUUUCAAAAAUCAAUCUGUAAUAACAACAUUUCGUAUAGAUAUUAUUUUAUGUAAAUAUUCCAAAACAAAUGCUAAUCAAUGUAUCUUUACUCUUUAUCGACAUGUAUUAGACGAAUAUUUACGUUUAUUUAUACCAAUUAAAGGUGAUAAUAUAACAUUUGUUGGAUUUAUACGUCUUUCAAAAGACUUACCAAAUAAUGAAUGGACUAGCCAUAUUACUGAAAACUAUGAUAAAAUAUAUGCAAGUCAUCUAACAAAUAGAUAUGAUCAUAUGAUUGAAAUUAAAUCGAAUAUUAAUAGUGAAAAUUCAAUUAUUCGCUAUUAUCAAAUCAUAACUGAUCAAAUUCAUCUAUGUCAUCUCACAUGUCGAAAUAAUUGUGUUCAGCAAUCACCAAAUCAUACAGAUUAUUAUAUAUCAACAUCAAAUAUAGAAUUAAUAUUAUUUUGCGUAAAGUGUAAUUUUAAUGAAACUUAUAAUAAACUAAAUCAUUCGAUUAUUUAUUUUUAUACAAAAUUAUCACGUGAUAUUGCAUUAUUUAGAAUUCAAAUAUUUAAUAGACUUCCACCAAUAUCUUUCACUUGUAUUAACGAUAAAAACAAAAGAUUAGUAGUCAAAGCAAAAUUUCAUUUAAUAAAUCGUAUUAAUAAUUCUCGAACAUUUUCUUGUUCAAUUAAUCCAAUGAUAAUUUAUCCAUAUCAUGACGAAAUUAUUCUUGAAUGUAAUAAUUUUAGUACACGCGCAGAUAUUAUUAUUUGGGCUAUAACUGAAUUAAACCACGAAGAAGUUCGUAUUUUACUUAAUCCAUUAUAUGUUACUAAUGAAAUAUUUAAUUCAAUAAUUCGAAUGCGAAUCAAUGGCAUUCCACAUGGUGAAAAAAUCAUAUUAGAAAUAAGUUCACCAUUAUUUGGAAAACUUCAACAUUUUGAAUUAUUGACGAUGAAUCUAACUCAUAAAUUGAUUAUAAAAAUGAAUAUAGCUUUAGAAUGGAAUUAUUUUUCUAGUGUAAAGAAUAUUUUUGAAGAAGCAUUUCAAUUAAUGAAUCAAUAUUUAAAAAUCUAUGAAAAUGAUUUUUAUCUUUUAAGCAAUGAAACUAAUCCACGUUUUUAUUUAGUUGGUCUUAAUCAAACAUCAUUUUUAAUUAGUAUCAUUAAUUAUUAUCGUUUAAUUUUAAAUUAUAUUGAUAAAGAAUUACUUUACAUCAAAGCAAUAGAUUUUUCACAAAAAAUCUAUUCAACUGUUAGUAUUAUUUAA